GUCAUUCCCACUCUUCCCCACAUCAACCAAUCACAGUCAUAUUUUCAAAGACGUGGCGAAAAUGUGCUUAAACAAGCCUGGACCGUGAGAGCCCCAAACAUCACAGUUCGUGACAACAGCGUGUGCCUGCGACUGUGUGGAUUACUCAACCGCAGUCCACAAGUCACAGAAAAAAAAAACCGCUAUAUAUAAAGCUGAAGCGCGAGAAGUUGAAAAGGUGUGUGUGUGUGCGAAAAGGUUCCAUUUGUUUGAUCAGAGUAUUCUGGCUGAAAGGGAUAGAAACUGAGACAAAACCUACGGAGGGUGAAGAACGGGAAGUGAAAGAAGAAACAUGAACGGCGGCGGAGAACACGUUGCAACGGAGAGCGCCAUGCCGGUGGCGACGGAGAAGGUGGUGCAGAGCGUGAAGGAGAUCGUAGACUGCACGGAGCAUGAGAUCUACGCUGUGCUCGAGGAAUGUGACAUGGACGUAAACCGCGCCGUUGAGAAGCUUCUCUCUCAAGAUACAUUUCAUGAGGUGAAAAAUAAACGUGAAAAGAAAAAAGAGGGGCCCUUCAAUUCAAGGACUAGGGGUAAGAAUGCAGGGUUGAGUCGCAGAGGCAAAACUGGCAGAGAUUGCAGUGUUGUGCAAAGUGGAUUAACACAUGUGACUUAUAACGAGCAUUAUAAAGCUAAUGGCAAGGGGGAGGGUGAGUCAGUAUGUGUUAGUGCUUCAGUUAUGGGUCCUACAACUCAUGAUUUGGUGAAAAGUAUUAAAAGUGAUUAUUUUAGUAAUGAUAAUGGAAGACAGUCCUUAAUAACAAGACAUUCCGUAUCGGAUUCUGCCCAAGCCUCUUCAGGACCUCAACCCUCCAUCACAGGAGUGAAAAAAGGACAUCUUUCGAUGGCAGACAUUGUAAGAAUGGGUAGAACAUCAUCACAAGAUGUUGUGAACAACUUUAAUACCUCAGGAGUUUCUGCAUGUAGAAAUUUGGAGUCAAGUUUAGGUCUUCCCUGUCAAAAUCAUUCUGAGCAACAAGUUUUUCAUGAUGAAUGGCCUGUAAUUGAGCAUCCAAUUGCUAGAUAUUCACAGGCACCAAACAUGUAUGCUUCAAAUUCUGAUGGGCCACUCGAGCAUCCUAGCUUGCAUGAUACUGCAUUAUGUUCACACAGGAAUAGUGAAUUAGAUGUAGCCCCAGUUUCAUGGCGGGAUGUUGCUUGUGAUGUUGUUUCUGAAGAAACUGAAUCUGCUCCUAUGUCUACCAAACCGGCUCUUUUGAGCAGCAACACUGGACUACAAUCUCAUUCCAAUUCUAACUUUGGGAAUACUCUUUCCCCUGAUCAUCGUAGUUCUCAUAAGCAUCACGAAGACGUGUCAUCUUCUGUUUCAAUUCUCCAGCGAUUAAGUAUAGGAGAGUCUAAACCAGAAGUGCCAACAUUUGAAGAUGAACCUUCAGUGGUUAUUCCAAUUCAUUUACAAGCCUUGGGUGCUGACUGUUCACAUUUGAGUUUUGGUACAUAUAAUAGGGGCAGUAAUUCUACAUCUGCGGUUCUUACUUCUAAUCAUCUUUCUAAAAAUGUCAUGGAAGUGAAGUCUGCAGCUGUAGAUGAUUCUUCAGCUCAGUUCCUGGAUGCGAGUUCUGUAGACUAUGGUUAUAAGCAGCUUGGAUUUGAUGUUCCUGAAGGAGCAGCUGGUGAUAAAAACAGUGACUUCCUUUCGUCUCCUAAGCAAUGGCCUGUGAACCAUGUUAUUCCUCAGGAAAUUGUUGAGCAUGAACACAACAUCACAGCAUCAUCUCGCUGGGUGAAUACGUCACUGCCUUUGGAACAGCCAGGCUUGGGGAGUCGAAACCAUUUUACUUUUUCAAGAGAACAGUAUGCUGACCCAAAUUCAAUACCUGGUGAUUUGUUGUCAUUUCUUACAUCACAAUCACACCCUGCAAGACACAGUAAUGAAGUAUCAUCUAUAAGCAAUCUUGCCAUCUCCAUGUCCAAUGUCACUGAGCCAAGUGCCUUUUCUCUACCUAUGAGAUCCGCACUUCCCCAGGAUCCUACAAUUCAAUCCUCAACACAUUUUCAUCAAUUUCUUGACAAGAAUGGAUAUCUUUCCCUGCGCUCUCCGCAAGCAUUUUCGGGCCAUACUGCACAUGAAUAUCCUGCAGAUACGAAGUACAACCUUGUGCAAAAUGGAAAUGAAUUCCUUAUAAAUAGAUUGCCUCCCCGUGCCACUGUCAGAGAUGCAUUUGGUUAUGGAAAUCUUGGCUCUUUAGUUUAUAGUUCUGAAAGCUUUCUGGCUAAUCCAUCUCCUUCUCAUGUGAUACCUUCAAGCAACUUAAACGAGACUUUAUCUUCUCAGUAUAGAGGUGGACAUAACCUGAGCUCUUUUCAUCAGCAUGGCAGUUCUUCUCAAUGGGACUAUGGGUCUGAGUCAGGAACUUCGUUUAUCCCGGAGAGAACCCAGUCUAACUUUCUGGGGCACCCAAAUCAGGCUUUCUUGUUACAGUAUGCUAGUCCUGGAUAUUUUACCCUUAAUCAUUCUCAGCCUCGUGUUUUGGAAGAACAUCAGCACCCAGGUAGUUUCCAAGAUUUGUCAUCCAAGAACUUGCAUCAAUUUUGGCAGCACAAUAACUAAUACCCUCUGCUUUUUUUAUCUUAUCUAUUUUGGCAAGAAAUUAUUCUUGUAGGUUUCGGUGAAUUAUUUUCAUGCUAUUUUCAUUCAGAGUUUGAGCGUUAAUUCAAUUUGUACAUACCUUUA